AAGCUGUCAUAUUAUAUUAUCAUAAACAAAACAAAAAAAUAAACCAAUUUCAAAAUGAAUCCUCUAACAAAUAUGAAAAAUGUGCUGAAACUAAGCGAACAUGAAUUGCAACAUGGAGGAAAGAAGAGCUGGCACGAUAUGUACAGGGACUCGGCCUGGAUUUUCGUGGCGGGAUUUCCCUAUACCCUUUCGGAGGGCGAUAUAAUCUGCGUGUUUUCCCAGUAUGGCGAAGUGGUCAACAUCAAUCUGAUACGGGACUCAAAAACUGGAAAAUCCAAGGGCUUCUGUUUCCUAUGCUACGAGGACCAAAGAUCCACAGUUCUGGCCGUCGACAAUCUGAACGGCAUUAAGAUCAUGGAUAGAACACUGAGGGUCGAUCAUGUGUUAGACUAUAAGCCUCCUAAAGAAAACGAGAAGAUGGACGAGGAGACCCUACGACUUUAUAUGGAAGGCUGUGCACCAAAACCUCAAAUUCAACACAUCAAAACCGAGAAAUCAAAAGACGCCAAAAAGUAUAGAUGAUAAAUAU